AUGCUGCCCCCCUGCGGAUGCUGCCGGCGAGCCUGGCGGUCCGCUGUACUACAAGGAAGUGUUGACUCGAUUCUACCUCGAAUUCUUCUACCCCCACGACUCGGAACGCGAAUCGGGAUCACCCGAGAGCAGCUGAGCCUGCCUCUGGCCUCGCCUCCCUCUCCUUCAGGCAUUCGUGGCAUCCUAUGGGUCGUCCAGAGUAUCGACCUCUGGCUUUAUAGCGAUCGCCAUCUCGCUGGCCUCUCCGCAAGGCCCCCCGACCGCGUCGAACUCAUCGGCGCGGGCUCUCUCGGCUACGGGACCGGCCCCAGCUUCGGCUGA